GCGUAUGAUAGUGCAAACAGUCAAACAUGACAAAUCCAGCAAAGUACGCUUCUUCAAACGAGAUGCAAAAAUGCGCCAUAUCGAUAGUAAUAGAUGAGUUUGCCAAAGACCUAAAAAGUAAAUCUGGGAUAUGUAUGGAUAUUGGUUGCGGUCCUGGAGAUAUAACAAAUAAUAUGCUUUUACCAUCUCUUGACUCAAAUGCUGUAAUGAUUGGUACUGAUAUUCAGGUGGCCAUGAUUGAAUAUGCGAAGAAAACGUACUGUCACAAUACACGUCUCAAAUUCGAAGUAUUGGACAUUCAAACUAAAAACUUGCCUGAAAAAUAUAUUUCUCAGUUUAAUCAUAUAUUUUCAUUUUUUACUUUUCACUGGUGCUAUGAAAUCAGGAAAGUAUUUGAAAAUAUAUACUGCAUGCUUCAAUCUGGUGGAACUUUGUUCGUGCUGUUUCCAGCAUCUCAUGAUACAUUAUUUGAAGUGCUUAAGAAUAUUGCGCAUGAUUCCCGUUUUGCGCCUUAUUUACAGAAUCUAAAUAAAUAUAUACCAUCGUUUUAUAAUUCGGUCCUACCUAGUGAAGAUCUAAAAGACUUGCUUGGAAGUGUUGGCUUUAACGUUCAACAUUGCAGUCUUCGGGAAAUAGAUUUUUCCGAGAUAAACGAAGAUACAUUUCUAACUUCAUGUAUGUCCAUUUGUACCUUUUUGGAUGUGAUACCACCUGAUCUAAAGGAAGAAUUCGAAGAUGAAUUUCGACGUGAAUACAAAAAUUAUAAAAUUAAAUUGUAUGGUAAUAAAAAUUGCGAUAUGGAAGCACCAAUAUUAGAUAUGCACAAAUUAUUGGUAGCUUAUGCAAAAAAAGGUGCGCAAUAAUUAUAU